UUGACAUAAAUAAAAUGUAUUGUGUGUAAUUUGUGUUGUGAAUUGUGAUUUUUGAUUUCUCACUCACGGACCAGAAAAAAUAUUUCUUAGUUUCCAUUUCGUAACUCGUAAGAUUUUAUUGCUUUGUAAUUAUAUGCUUCAUUUAUAAAUUAGAUAUUCUAUAUCACAAUGAAUGCACCACCAACAUUCGAAUCAUUUCUUUUAUAUGAUGGAGAAAAGAAGGUUCAAAAAGAAGAAGACACAAAAGUUACAAAUGCCGCUAUAUUUACAGUAAACAAAGAAGACCAUACACUGGGAAAUAUGAUCCGACACCAACUUCUCAAGGACCCAAAGGUGUUGUUUGCCGGGUACAAAGUGCCCCACCCUUUGGAGCACAAGUUUGUGCUGCGCAUUCAGACCACAUCAGACUACACUCCUCAGGAAGCCUUCAUGAAUGCUAUCACGGACCUUACAUCAGAACUUUCACUUUUCGAGGAAAGAUUCAAAGAAGCAAUCAAAGAGAAGAAAGAUGGCUUAGAUUAAAGAAUUACUAUUUACUACUUAUAGGACAUAACUUGACUAGAUCAUAUUUUAAUGUUGGACUAAUAUUGUAAUUUAGAUUAAUACUAUAAUUAAUUAAAGUAAGAACAUAUAAGAAUAA